UAUACAAAGAAGACCGAGAUAAUCAUCUGCUGAGGUCCGAUAAACAAACCCGUAAUAAAAAUCACAAGGAAACUGUUUCUGUUGUUAGGUUGAAGCAGCGCCUAACCUCUUUUAUGUUAGUGUGACCUUGUUAUCAUCGGAAUAAAUAUCCAUCUUAUUUUCGAUAAUACAUCUGAUUAAGCUGGUGUUUACGCAGAAGAAGAGAGAGAUCGGAUUGUUAAGAAGAUUGGAUCGGGUCUUAAUACCACGCAUGAGCUGUUUGGGGAUUUCUUCUAAUUCAAUUCACUUGUUCAACAAUAAUUUAUUAUUGUUGCUCUUGUUAUUAUUUUGUAAUUUUAAACCCUAUUUUUCAUUUCUAUUUAUUUACUUUUCUGUAUCUCAAUCAUUAUGGCAUCCAGAGCUGAUCAAACUAAUCGUCAAUUGAAUCGAGUUCUUUGCUAUUCAAAUACCGGUGCAGCCUCGCCAUCUGUGAUAAUCAUAGGUGGUGGCAUGGCAGGCAUUGCAGCUGCUCGAGCUCUCCACGAUGCUUCAUUUAAGGUUACCCUUUUGGAAUCACGGAAUAGAAUUGGUGGUCGAGUUUGUACGGACUACUCAUUUGGGUUUCCUGUUGAUCUGGGUGCCUCAUGGUUGCAUGGGGUUUCUGAGGAGAACCCCUUGGCGCCUAUUAUCGGAAGAUUAGGAUUACCUCUAUAUCGUACAAGCGGGGACAACUCAGUAUUGUAUGACCAUGAUUUGGAGAGUUAUGCUCUCUAUGACAUGGCUGGAAAUAAAGUUCCUCAAGAAUUAGUGACGAAGGUUGGCGAAGCUUUUAAGAGCAUGAUGGAUGAGGCAAACCAAGUAAGAGCAGAGAACAGGGAGGACAUGUCCGUAUCUCGUGCAAUAUCAGUUGUGUUUGAAAGAAGGCCUGACCUGAGGCUUGAUGGACUGCCUCAUAAAGUGUUGCAGUGGUACCUAUGCAGAAUGGAAGGCUGGUUUGCUGCUGAUGCUGAUACUAUCUCACUGAAAUGUUGGGAUCAGGAAGAGCUGCUUCCUGGUGGGCAUGGGCUUAUGGUCCGUGGUUAUUCUCCUGUUAUAAAUACAAUUGCCAAAGGCCUUGACAUACGCUUGGGUCACAGGGUUACAAACAUAGUUAGACGGUACAAUGGUGUAAAAGUAACUGUUGAGGAUGGAAGAGCAUUCGUUGCUGAUGCUGCCAUUGUUGCAGUCCCUCUCGGUGUUUUAAAAUCAAAUUGCAUCAAGUUUGAGCCAAGACUACCUGAAUGGAAGGAAGCAGCUAUCGCGGACCUUGGGGUGGGGAUUGAGAACAAAAUAAUAUUGCACUUCAGAGAGGUAUUUUGGCCAAAUGUGGAGUUCCUGGGAGUGGUUGCAGAGACAUCUUAUGAAUGCAGCUACUUCUUGAAUCUUCACAAGGCUACUGGUCAUGCUGUUCUUGUCUAUAUGCCUGCAGGACAGCUAGCCCGUGACAUUGAGAAAAUGUCAGAUGAGGCUGCAGCUAAUUUUGCUUUUGCACAACUCAAGAAAAUCCUUCCAGAUGCAUCUGAUCCUAUUCAGUAUCUUGUUUCUCAUUGGGGCACAGAUGUGGACUCACUUGGAUCCUAUAGCUACGAUAUAGUAGGAAAACCCCAUGAUCUAUAUGAGAGGUUAAGGAUUCCUGUAGAUAACUUAUUCUUUGCGGGGGAAGCUACAAGUAUGGACUACCCAGGCUCUGUACAUGGUGCGUACGCCACUGGAGUAUUGGCUGCUGAGGACUGCCGAAUGCAUGUUUUGGAGAGGUAUGGGGAGGUUGAUCUAUUCCAGCCAGUUAUGGGUGAGGACACGCCAGCGUUUGUCCCCCUUCAGAUAUCCCGAAUAUAGUUUUAAGGGUGUAGAUCCCUAGGUUAUUUAGGUUAAUAAGUUCAUUGUUUGCCAAUGCAUUAUCAGUUGCACUGGUUGAUGACUGCAUUUUAAGGGAAGUGUCAUGGGUACUUUCUUGGACAAACUAAAAAACAUUAGUACCUCUCGUGUCAGUAUGUGAACCAAUUGAGUCGGAAUGUAUGAUGGAUGAUACUAUGAUUGCAUAGGGAUGAUAUUCGGGUGCGUAUUCAAUUGAUGUGUAACAAGGAUACAACAUAUUUUCUUAAAAAUAUGUUGCUAUAAAGAUUUGUCCGACCAAGGAAAUGUCAUUUAUUUUA